AUGGGUGACUCUAAAUCGAAAAAAACUAUGACGAAGAUUGGGAAGCUCUUUGGAGUUUCUCAAACUAACCUUCAUCAAUUGAGUAGCCCAGCGGUUGAGGAUCCUAAACAGGCGGCUAAUGGGUCGGAUGGCAAAGAUAAUAUGGCGGGUGGACUGACAAAAGCAUCGCCGCUUUCUAGUAAGGAGGAUAUUAUAACGGCGGGUCAAGAGGAUGAUAGGGGGUCGCCGUUGCAGAAAAAUAAUAUGUUGUACGGUAUCAAUAGCAAUAAUAGUAAAAAUAGCACGAAUGAGCAUAACAGUAAUAUUAAGAAUGAUGGCAAUAUUAAUACGGGUAUAGGACCCAACACGCAGAGCAUUAAUGGAAACAUAAAUAUGAGUAAUAAUAAGGGCAAAGCGGCAACGUCCAGGGUGUCGCCGAGAUCAGGGUCGAAGACAAACGUAUCCACGAUAAAUAAUCCGCAUAGAAUUGCCUCUCCGGUCGAAUCAGUAAAUUCUCAAGAGGACAACAUAUUGUUUCACCCACAACCACAGGUGAUACGAUCCAUGGGGUCGGAAUUUAACCUUCAGACGGGUUCCAACAACAAUUUACAGGCCAUGAGCUCGUCGAGUCCGAUGAAUAUACGAUCGCCUACAUUGUCCGUUUCAUCAGCAAAUACAAACCAGCCCACGAAAAAGGCCUCCAUCAGUGCUGGUGCUAAGUCUACAGGGUCAAAUCCAGUGUCGAGAACUUCGUCAUUGAAAACUAAGUCAGUGGCACUAAAAGAUAAGGACGUCAAUGCGUCCGUUCUGUCCCCAAGUCCAACGCCAGCCAAGCCAAGGUUCAGGAUGUUAGAAAACGGCUCGCACGAGCAUAAUUUACGUUCCGCUAAAAGACAGGAAAAGUUAUCGAAUAUGUUGAAAGGCUUGCUAGGAUCCAAAAAAUUACGUGAUGAGGCCAAAUCAGCCUUACCUAACAUAUUGCAAACGCCACAGCAAUCACAAUCACAAUUGGCACAACCUAAUGAUAAGCCACCCACUCUUUUCGCGGGGUUAGUUCAUCAAGUCAAAAAUGAUACUUCCCCAUAUCAUGGUCUGGUGAAUGGAACAGGCGAACAACCCGAUUGCAGAUCUUUUGUUGAGAAAUACGGUAGGUGUCAGGAAGUUAUAGGAAAGGGAUCGUUUGGAGUAGUACGGAUAUCGCAUAAGAAAGUAAUUGGCCAAAAUAGUGACGCGGAGGAAAAGUUAUACGCGGUGAAAGAAUUCAAGCGAAGGCCCAACGAAUCAGAUCAAAAGUAUAAUAGAAGACUCACGUCCGAAUUCUGCAUCUCAUCCUCAUUGAAAAACAUGAACAUCAUCAACACGUUGGAUUUGUUAAAGGAUGCGAAGGGUGACUACUGCGAAGUGAUGGAAUUCUGUUCGGGUGGUGAUUUGUACACCUUGAUCAUCGCGGCAGGAAAACUAGAGUACGCCGAAGCUGAUUGCUUGUUCAAGCAAUUGAUCAGAGGUGUCAACUACAUGCAUGAAAUGGGUGUCAGCCACCGAGACUUGAAACCCGAAAAUUUACUAUUAACCCAAAAUGGGAUAUUGAAAAUCACCGACUUUGGAAACGGUGAGUGCUUCAAGAUGGCCUGGGAAAACGAAAUCCAAUAUAGUGAAGGCGUCUGUGGCUCCUCGCCGUACAUUGCUCCCGAAGAGUUCUGCCAGCAUUCUUUCGACCCCCGAGGCGUCGACAUAUGGGCUUGUGGUGUCAUCUACUUGGCCAUGAGAACCGGUAGGCAGUUAUGGAAGUUGGCCGACCCCAAAAAGGACGAAUUUUUCGCAGAGUAUUUAAUGAAGAGAAAGGACGCCUCCGGCUACGAACCUAUUGAAUCCCUAAAGAGGGCACGUUGCAGAAAUGUCAUUUACUCAAUCUUGGACCCGAAGCCUGAGAGGCGUAUUAACGGUAAACAGAUCUUGAACAGUGAAUGGGGUAGAGAAAUCAAGGUUUGUGAUGCAGGUGAAGGUAAGUCUGUUCUCCCAAUCCCUGAAAUAUAG